GCCAUUUAAUAACGCGAGACACACUUGUAAUGAGAAGUUGGAAUUGAAUUUAUUAGUUUUUGACGGUGAAAAACGUAAUAUUUUGUAUUAAAUUAUAAUUAAUAAAAUUCGAAUAGUAAUACAACAAUUUGAGCUUAAAAUGGAAGUGAACGAAGAUGCAAUUGUGUCUGAAAAUUACUUGUGAAAAUCUAUGGGAAAAUUUUCAAGUAAAGCGAAUAGAAUUUUAUGGAAAUAGAGCAAUAACGAUAGAAGUAAAGAAGAAGAGGCGAUUUAAGAAAGAAGCGGUGACAGAGACAGCAGCUAGAGUGAGAGAAAGGUGAUUGCGAAAAAUCGAAAAGAAGAAAAAACAGAAACAGUGAACACACAAACAACAAAAAGUCAGCAACAAAAAUGACAAUUCGGCAGAGACGUCGACAGUGUUGAUUGCAAAGUCGGCGACGACGACAAAAUGUUUGGUCGGCGUACGUGUGUGAAUGAAGAACAGCGUAAAAUAUAAGAAACACAAUUCAUUUAAAAGCAGUGUUAUAAAGUUUUGAUUAAAUAUAAUUCAUUCAAAGAAAAACAAACUUCAUAAAAAGAUAAAAUCGUAAAAGUGUAUUGAAUAAAAUUUUUAAUAUUGGAAAAUACAUAAAAUCUAAAGUAGUAAUUAAAACAGAAAGAAGAAGCAACAAAGUGUAUUAAGGAAAAGAAACAACAAAUUACCGAAAGCUAGUGGAUCCUCUCACACACAGUUUUAUCACGUAAAAACGAACUUGGAGCGUAAAGCAAACGUGAAACAUUAAAAAUCUGGGUACAGCAGCCAGAUUCGGUGUGUAUAUUUCCAGUGGUGUUGUGCAAAGCAAAGCAAAUAGUUGUGUGCUGGUUUCUGUGUUAUUUGUAUUUUGAACGUAUCAGCAGCAGAGGCAACAAUACAAAAACAGCAUAGGUACAAUAGCGGCAACGGUAGCAGCGCAGUCACAGCAACAUUUAUAAUAAUUGUGCACGAGUGUAUCAACGACUGCGACGACGACGACUGCUGUUUCAGAGAUUCAAACAUACGCGAGCACAAUUAUUAGCGCAACGACGUUUAUUUAGUGAAGUGGUUGGAAAAGCAGAAGAAGCGGCAGAAGUAGCAACAAAAGCAUACAAAAUAAAGAAAAAACGGUAAAAAGAAGAAGCAAGCAUGGCAAACAUGAACUAAAUUUUGCAUAAGACGAGAAACGAGCAUUUUGAUUCUAAAAAGUUCACUUCGAUAUGUGUUUUUGCAAAUAAUAGUAAAAUAAAAAAAAGAAGCUAAUAUAAAAUAUAGUUUGUGCGGAGCAUAGAAAAUAGUAAAAAAGGAAUCAAAUUAAUACCAGUAAUAGUAACAUCAGCAACAGUAUUGAAUUUACUGACAUGGUAUUGUGGAAGAAGAAGCAGAUGUGACUACAGAAAAGCAAAAACACGAAUACAGGAGGACGAGCGAAACGCACAAAUUACCCACGAAAGCAACUGAUACAACAGAAAGUACAUUAAAUAUGCUGAAAGUCAAAAAAGAAAAGAGAAUGACUGCGUGAGCUUCGCAGUGGCGGCGAGCGCCUAUUAAAUUUGUACGGUGGCCUCAAAACUUAAAGAAAUAGAAAAAAGUAAAUGGAAACAGAUUAAGAAUAUUAUAUGUAAUAGUGAAAAAAGUGAGAAAAAAAAUAAUAUAUAUAUACUCUAUAUAUAUAUAUAAUAAUCUAAGAGACACUAAAUUUGGAAAUUAGAGAGUCGAAUACCGGUAAGCAGUGUUUUAAAUUUUAAACCACUGCGAGGGAAAAAACAAGGCUCUGAUCGAAUUCCGACAAUAUUUAUAAGAUUAGUUAAAGUAACUGAUCCAAAAAUACUAAACAAGAGUUGAAAGUAAGAAAAAACCGCGCAACACAUCACAACAGAGAAUGUAUGGAAAGGCGAAGACAUCGUCAGUGCCAUCAGAUGCACAGGCACGUGAAAAAUUGGCACUAUAUGUUUAUGAAUACCUGUUACACGUUGGCGCCCAGAAAGCAGCUCAAACAUUUUUAUCUGAAAUUCGGUGGGAGAAAAACAUUACGUUAGGUGAGCCACCUGGGUUCCUACACACGUGGUGGUGUGUGUUUUGGGAUCUCUAUUGCGCCGCGCCAGAACGGCGAGAUCAAUGUGACCAUUCAUCAGAGGCUAAGGCCUUCCAUGACUAUGGUUUUGUUAGUUCCGGCUAUGGAGUAAAUGGAAUUGGUCCCGGUGGACCGCAUAGUGCUGGUGGUCCAGCUCCUAGUCCACUGGGUCAAAUGCCACCAGGUAGUGAAGGUCCGAUGGGGCCAGGUGGUCCAAUGGGUCCUAAUUUCUUUCCAAAUUCUACAAUGCGACCCUCACCACCCACUCAUGCGUCGAGUCCACAACCGCCACCAUCACAAAUGAUGCCGGGACAACCGCCAUUUAUGGGCGGUCCGCGAUAUCCUGGAGGACCACGUCCUGGUGUACGCAUGCAAGGCAUGGGUAAUGAAUUUAACGGUCCUCCUGGUCAACCCAUGAUGCCGAAUAGUAUGGAUCCAACGAGACCUGGAGGUAUGGGCCCCAUGAAUCCGCGUAUGAAUCCUCCUCGUGGACCAGGUGGAAUGGGUCCUAUGGGGUACGGUGGGCCUGGAGGCAUGCGAGGCCCUGCUCCAGGACCGGGUGGAAUGCCACCUGGUAUGGGUAUGGGAGCGGGUGGACGACCGCCUCAGUGGCAACCAAACGCUACAGCACCAAUGAACGCUUAUUCAUCAUCUUCGCCAGGGAACUAUGGCCCUGGACCUGGUUCGAAUGGACCACCUGGUCCAGGAACGCCGAUUAUGCCAUCACCCCAAGAUAAUACCCAAGCUGGUCCAGGCGGUCCUGGCGAUAAUAUGUACUCGAUAAUGAAACCUGAAUUUCCAAUGGGUGGUGGACCCGAUGGUGGUGGAGGAGGUCCGGGUGGUAUGGGUCCUAUGGGCGGGGGACCUAAUUCAAUGGGUCCUGUACUUAAUGGUGGAGGUGGAGACGGUACUGGAUUAGAUGGCAUGAAAAAUUCGCCAGCAAAUGGAGGUCCGGGAACGCCUCGUGAAGAUUCUGGAAGUGGAAUGGGAGAUUACAAUUUGGGCGGAUUCGGUGGUCCGGGGGAAAAUGAUCAAAAUGAAUCAGCAGCUAUACUAAAGAUAAAGGAGAGUAUGCAUGAAGAGGCCAAAAGGUUUGAAAAAGACUCGGAACACCCGGACUAUUUUAUGCAAUAACAACAUAGUAGCAACACGGCCACGACGCACACGACAGCGGCAGUAGCUGCAGCGGCGGCAGCUUUAGGAGCAAAUAUAUUGAGCGGUCAAGCUGCAGCCGUUUCUCAAAAUCUUAGCACCAGUAACAUUAGCAACACUAGUGGCAACAACAAUCUCAUCAACAAUGCCAACAAUAGUAGUCCCCCAGCAUUAACGCCGCAUUUCCAUAAGGAACUUAAUUUUUAAAGAAAUAAUUUUCGAUUACCAUUAACAUCAGAAAGAGAAAGAUCAUACAAAUUUAUAUAUAUAUACAGUUAUGAGUAAAACGCACUUUUUACUUAUCAAAAACAGUUUAUAAAUAAUCCAAAUUCAGAUCCAAGAAAUGUAAUUUAUCCGGGAUCUUUAAUCGAUGGGUCUGUCUUCUUCCGCAGACAACGCGCCAAUAACGCGGAAAAAUCUUAAAUUAAGGGAGCUACCCAAAUUGAUCCUCGAGUAACUUUUACUUUGAAAAAUUUGCAUAAAGUAUUAAGAUUGUACAAAAUAAAAGCGCAAUUAAAUAUAUCAAUAGAUACCGUGGACAGUUGAUUUUACAAAUCAAAUAAAAGAUAAUUCAUUUCGAAUGUGGAAUUUAAGGUGGUCAAGAUAUCGAAAUUAUACAAAUAUGCAACAAGAAUCCUACAUCCCUGUCUUUGAUUCAUUGCUAAGCAUGAAGCAAAUAUAAAACAACAUGAAUAGAAAAAGAUCAGUAAAGACAUGUUUUUUUUUGUAAAAAAAUAUACAUACAUUUACCAAUAAUUGUUAAUCCUAAAAUGAUAUGGUACUUAUUAAAGCGAACUUAAACUGUAUAAUAUUUAACAUAAACGACUACAUAUUACUAAAUGCUAAACGCAGAUAUGUUAAAAUAUAAAAACUUAUAGCUAUUAAAAGAUUGCACCUAUGAGGAAAUACUUUAAUGGAAAAAUCGUGCAUAUGUAAUAGUAUUUAGAGUAAACGCGGUAAAUGCAGCAUUACAGUUGUAGAUGCUGCAUAAACUGCUCACCCAUAAAUAUACGUGUAUAAUAUACUAAAAUAUGGAAUAUGUAAAAUAUAUAUAAAUAAAAGGUGUAUAACAAUUAUUUGUCAGAAGCAGCACUCGAAUUUUAUAAAGUCUCUGUUUUUUGGUUGCAUUAAGUAUAUAACAAGUGAUCAAACGUCGAAAGAGGAGAGAAGCGUGGACACCACCUAACAAAUAUCGAAAUUUCACAAAUUGAAUGCAAUGCUGCGUAAAACGAAUAAGUUCUCCUGUAAUAGUAAUACAAUUAUUUUUUUUUCGUUCAAUAAAAUAAUUAAGCUUUUAUAAAGCAAAACUAGUGCUCAGCACAUAUUCAAAUUAAUUGGGCACAACUGUACACCCAAAGUAAAUUUUUAUUUUAAUUUUUUUUUGGGUAGUAAUUGAUACAAUUUUAAAUGAUUUUUAUAUGAACAUAUGGGCAUAUUUUAAUAAGUGUGGCAGGAAUAAUUAUAUGGUUUAAAUGUGAACUUAUGUUCUAUAUUUAUUUAUUUUUGCUUUCAUUGAAAGUUUUUAUUUAGCUUAACUUUCGCUUUCAUCUAAAAUUUUUAAUUAGCUUAACUAGAAAAAUUGCAGUCAAAGUUUUUAUGUAGAAAAAGUAAAUUUGCUGGUUAAUUGGUAGAUUUUUAAAAUAAAAAUAGUCUCGCCUUUUACUUUAAAUGAAAUAUGCGUUUUUUGCGGAGAAACGAAAUAUACGAAGUUCCAUUCUUUUUUUUAUAUGUCUUUAUAUAUUAAGUUUGAUAAAUUCAAUAUUCCAGAUUCUGAAGAGUUUCAAUAACUUUAAAUAUUUAAAUUUCAAUCAAUUUUAAAGUAGUGCAUUCAUGACAAAACAUCACGUGCUUUUCAUAAAUUUGUUUUUAGAAUCAUAGAUACAUAUGACUUUACCCUAAUUGAUACAUUAUUCAAAGUAAUUCAUAAUUUGAAACAAAUUACUGUUGAAGGUGUCACAAAAGAUCUUACAAGUGCUAUCAAUAGUGGUGGUGUGCCAGCGAAAAAUAUGCAAUUAGACAAAAAUCUUUCUUUAGUUCGCAUAUAAAAAUAUGUAAAAUAUAUGUUUAAAUCUAUUCAAAUGCUAUAUUAUAUAUGCGUAAAUGCAGAUUUAGUAUUGAAUGAGUGAUUUUAUGCGGCUGAGGGGAAAAUAGAAUCAUCCCAUAUACACGUACAUAUGUAGACAUAAAUAUACAAAUAUUUCUAUAACUAUGCUUAUAUAGCGAUAAAUAUACAUAUAAGCUGCAUGUGUAUAUAUACCAAUAUAUAACGCAUUAUUGUACAAAAAUUCAAAUUAUAUACACAGCAUAUGUAAUUAAAUAAAAUAUUUACUUAUAUAUAAAAAAAUAAUUAUUAUUUCAAAAGAUAGCACAUUACAACUUAAAAGUCUUUAUAGUUAUCAUUAGAAGAAGGGAAAGCAAAGAAUAAAUAAAAUAUAUAAAAAAAAAUAUAAAAAGCGAAAAACACUUAAAAACAAAAAAUGGUUGAAUAAAUUAGUUAAUAAGUACAAUGUAAGUAAUGAAAUAUGAAUAUCUAUUAUGUAGGCAUGUAUUGUACAAUAUUUAUACAUGGAUUAUUGAUCAUUGUUCUUACAUGUAUGUAUGUAGUAUUUUCAUCACGUUUCUUUUUUUUUUUUACUUCUGUGUCCUUAGAGCGGUUUAGUCUUAAUUUUAAUGUUUUUCAUAUCCCAAAAAUUAGGGUUAGUCCUAUUUGAUGUAUUAAUUUUAUUUUAUGAAUCAAAACAGAUAAAUCAAAACACAUGCAUUACAAUGGUAUUAAAAAGAGUGUUUCGUUAAUUGCAUCACUUUUGAAAUACAUAUACACAUUUUGUAUUUAUAAAGGUAAAGUUGAUUGAAAUUUUAUUAGUAUCUGAAAUUAAUUUGUAGUUGCAUAUUUCAACAAAUAUUUAAUCGAAAACCACUAAAAUCGUUUUCGACAAAUGCAAAAUAAUGAAAAUAUUAAUUUCUAAAUUUUAUAUUAUAAGCUUAAGAUAAAAAAUAAAAUACCUAUAUAAUCAUAUAUGAAAUAAAAAUUUGCAUAUGACAAAAUUGUGUGAAAGAAGGAAUGUACAAUGAAUGCACACUUUUAUGCGAUUAAUGUCAUUGUAAUUGACGAUGAUGAAUGUGAUCAUCGUGGUAAUAUUUCGUGAUGAGUAUAUGAAUUUUGAUGCAGUUUGUAUGAAACGAUAAAUAAAACCGCAGUUGCAAAUAUUAAAAAAAAAA